AUGUUGUCUGCAUCGAUUCGGUCGAGUGUUCUAGAAAUUAAAAGGAUAGCUUCAGUCCACAUGAGGAAAGAGAGAAGAGAUGUGGAGUCACAGUCGUCGACAAAAACUAGUUUCUGCACACGGCAUGGCUUGUGGUGGACAUUUGGAGUUGAUAUCCCUUUACUUUUAAUCUUACUUGCUCUGAUCGGCCUCUUCGAGUUGGGAGUGAUCCCGAACCACAAAGCAGGCUUCUACUGCAACGACCCAGCGCUUAACUUUCCGUUCAAUGGAGACACAGUCACCACUGAGAUCCUCAUGUCCACUUUACUAGCUGGACCUUUAGUAUUUUUCGCGAUCACAGAAUACAUCUUCGUCUAUGUCGACUACUCCGAGUCCAGGAUACGACAGACAUGCAUAAACACCUUUUACUUGUACAGAACCUACAUCUACGGGCUCAUCAUUAACCUCAGUAUAGUUGAGGUGAUGAAAGGAAUUGUAGGCAGCCCUAGACCGACCUUCUUCGAUUUGUGCGAACCUGAUGCUGGGAAGACUUGCAAUGGUACUGAGUAUGUGAAAGACUUCCAGUGCACAUCAACGAAGUACGCUAGCUGGUAUCAAAUGGACUCUUACAGGAGCUUCCCAUCAGGUCACACUUCUCUGUCCGUCUACUGUGGACUCUUUCUUGCGUGGUACCUCCAACGCCGUGCCUUCGACUGGUCUCACCGCUCCAUCUUCAUGGUGCCGAUGUUGCAGCUGCUCUGCAUCUCCUACGCUGCCGUCUGCUCCCUCACGAGGAUCACAGACCACAGGCAUCACUGGUGGGAUGUCCUCGUCGGUACCAUCAUUGGUGUUGCUACUGUUCUUUAUGCUGUCAUUAUCAGCUCAAACUUCUCACACGAUCAUUCAAAGAUCAGUGAUCUGAAGUCACAGGAGAGCACACAAACUGUGAGGACCCUACUAUAUGACGAGAGAAGACCGGCAACAGUGUCCUAG